AGGAGAGUCAGUCUUGGCCAGCGGCGAGGUCAGCGGCCACACCAGCAUUGGGAUGUCCCCCGCGGGCGGGGUCGCCGUGAUGACCAUGCGCUCCCGAAGCCCCGCCGUGGACUGGCGCUGCAAGUCGCCGGUGAGGCAGCAGCCCCACAUGGUGGCGUGCACGAUGCCCGGGACCCCGACUGGCAAGCACCGCUACGUGCAGGUGGCGCAGUCGCACGGCUCGUUCCGCAUGGCGCAGGGCCAGGCGCCGCCGCCGCCGCCCCCGCUGGGCACGGUGCCGCCCCCCGCGCCCGGGUCGCUUGUGAACCCGGAGGACACGCGCUGCCUCACCACCCCGCGGUCGACCACUGUCUGCCUGCCAGCCAGGUCGACGUGCAGCAGCCAGGCGGUGUCGACCGACAACCCAGAGGACGGCGUGGGCAGGACUCCGCCGCCGAUGCGGCUGCCGGGGAUGGACUUCCUCGCGAAGCUUGGCGACCGCGUGAACUUCCUCGAGGCGUCGAUGGAGCAGCUCAAGCUCGGCGAGGAGCCCUCGCACCAGCAGGCGGCGCUGCGCGAGAAGAUCCUGGACAAGGUCAAGAACACGGCCCUGGAGGCCCUGAGCCACUCCUUCAACCAGCAGGCUGUGCAG